AUGGCGACGGUGCUUCCUCGCGAAUAUCUGUCUAAGGCAGACCCGGAUGUGGAGCCACUAAGCCUGCAAAGGGAUUAUCCCCUGGUCACAGAAAGAAGGCUGGCAGACAUACUACAAAAUCUGCGUUCGUCCUUAAGGGAGGAUUACAAAAUAAUAACAGAACCUCCAAAGACCUCCAUGGGUUCGGAACAAGAGCAGAAGCCCUAG